UACUAACUUUGAAAACCUUUGUGUGCCAACAGUUGCGGUGGUGAUGUCAGUGGAUGACGCAAGAGACGUCACCCGCAGGAAUGAUGUUACUCCUGCUGACGUCCGGAACUUCAUAAUAAACAACAUCAAUCGAGACAACAUAAGGCGUUCCCUUAGACACCUGACGCUUGAGCCACACUUGGGCGGAACGGAAGGGGAGCUGGGGGUAGCCCGUUGGGUAGCGCAGACGUGGCAGCGCCAGGGACUCGACCAGGUCCAUCUGGUGCCCUACCAGACUCUCCUCUCCUACCCGGACCCUCUCACACCCAACUUGGUGCGCAUAGUUGACGGUGAGGGGAACACUGCCUGGGUGUCCGCAGCGAAGCAAAAGUCUCUUUAUGCGCCCGAAGAAGCUUCGCCAGAGUUGCCUUUCACCUUCCUCGGGUAUGCUCCCCGCGGUAAUGUGACGGGUGACGUUGUGUAUGCUUACUAUGGUCGUGAAGAAGACUUCCACUUCCUGGCAGAAGAAGGUAUCGAUGUGUCUGGCAGGAUUGUCAUUGCUCGCUAUGGUCAGAUCUUCAGAGCUAAUAUUGUAAGUUAUAUAUUUUUAGUUAAGUAUAACAUGGAGAUGGCAAGAUCCAGUUUAAUAGUUCGUUCUCGUACAGAAGGUUCUAACUUAAUGCAAGUUGUAAUUGUAUGUAAUGGGAGAUUCCUUAUUUUUUAUAAUUUAUAUAUACAGAUCCCCAAGAGACCUCUUCGUCUUUUGUAG